AUGUUAUCAUACGGUUGCAGAAUUCUCCCCAGAAUCCUCGUCAACAGAUCAAAGUCCGCUUCUUUAUCAGGAUCCUCACUCGUUUGGACCCGUUUAUCUUCCUCCGGUUCACUCCGUCAGGUUCGUGCAAUGUCGACUGGUUCUGAUUCCUACUCGCCGUUCAAGAAAGUCCAGAUUGAGAGAGAUGACUCGACAUUCGACGCCUAUGUGAUCGGGAAAGACGAUGCUCCCGGGAUUGUGGUGCUUCAAGAAUGGUGGGGUGUUGAUUUUGAGGUCAAAAAUCAUGCCCAAAAGAUUGCUCAGUUCGACAGAGGAUACAAAGCAUUGAUACCAGACUUGUACAGAGGGAAGGUUGGUCUAGACGUUGCUGAAGCUCAGCAUUUGAUGGAUGGUCUCGACUGGAAAGGUGCUGUGAAGGAUAUUGAAGCCUCUGUCAACUGGCUCAAGGCAAAUGGUUCUAAGAAGGUUGGUGUUACUGGCUUCUGUAUGGGUGGUGCUCUUGCUAUUGCAAGCUCUGUAUUGGUCCCUGGGGUUGAUGCUGUGGUAUCUUUCUAUGGAGUUCCUUCAAAAGAGUUUGCUGAUGUCAGCAAAUCUAAAGCGCCAGUGCAGGCUCACUUUGGUGAACUGGAUACCUUUGCUGGGUUCUCAGAUGUUGAGACUGCGAAAGCUCUAGAACGUAACUUUCCCCCAACUGAUUUCAAUGAGGUGCACAUCUAUAAAGGAGUUGGACACGCCUUUAUGAACUGCUCGAGUGAAGGCGUUGAGAGAAGGAAAAAGAUGGGAAUAAACGAUGAAAAUCUUGAAGCGGCCAAUUUGGCUUGGCUUCGUUUUCGUGCGUUUAUGAAUCGUUACUUGUCGGGCUGA